CACACAUCCAUCACAUAUUUUCUAUAUCUCUCUCUCUCUCUCUCUCUCUCCAUUUUCCACUUGUACGGCACCAACAGAUUCCACCUCCACAGCGAGAAGUAGAAGAGGGUGAGGCGGAGAUGUCUCGCGCGUGUGGCGGAGACGCGGGCGGUUCAGGGGAGAUCAUGCUGUUCGGAGUCAGGGUGGUGGUGGACAUGAUGCGGAAGAGCGUCAGCAUGAACAAUCUGUCCCAGUACGAGCAGCCCCAGCCCGAGGAGCCGGCCAAGGUUAACACUAACAACAACACCACAACAAAAGACGACGUCGCAGGUGCCGGUUACGCCUCCGCAGACGACGCCGUUCCCAAUUCCCGCUCUCACCGCGACCGUGAGCGCAAGCGAGGGGUUCCGUGGACGGAGGAGGAGCAUAAGCUGUUCCUGCUGGGAUUGCAGAAGGUAGGGAAAGGAGACUGGAGAGGAAUAUCGAGAAACUUCGUGAAGACUCGCACGCCAACGCAGGUUGCAAGCCAUGCUCAGAAGUACUUCCUCCGCCGCUCCAAUCUCAACCGCCGCCGCCGCAGAUCUAGCCUCUUCGACAUCACCACCGAUACGGUCACGGCGAUUCCAAUGGAAGAAGAAGCAGGGCAUCAUCAUGAUAAUGCCUCGCAGUCACGUCCACCACCAUCCGAGCCCUGCAAUUUUGGUGGAUUUCCUAUGAUGUCUGCUUUUCCGAUGACUAUUGGUCCGGCAGCGGUUCCUGUCCCCAUCGAGAACCCAAUGGAAAACCUAAACCUAGGACAGGGAAAUGUGGAGACCAAUGCUGCCGCCUCGUCGUCGAGGAAUCUCGUCCGUCCGAUCCCUAUCCACACGGGUGCUCGUGCUUCAACCAUGUCCGAACUUAACUUGAAUUCAAAACCGUUGAUUGACUCGUCACCGUUGACUCUCAAGCUGUCUCUGCCAUCCGAUCAGAGGGAUUCACCGUCGAGGCAUUCGGCGUUCCAGGCAAUGUCAAGCUUCAACAAUGGCGAUGGCAUCAUCACCGUUGCUUGAAAAUUAAUGGUUCAUAAUUAGUGCAGAUGGGUUAGAGAAAUUUAUCUCCAAAAAAAAAAAAAAAAAAAUGGAAUGGAUUAGAGAAGACGAGGUAAAGGUAAAUUAGGCAACUGAAUUUGAUCCUUUGCUUGUUUUGUACAGACCCAAAAACUGUAACGUCUUUAUCUUCUUGUUGGUUUAUGGUACUAUUAUGUUAGAUUCUUGGUCUUUUGGCUGUUUUCGAUGUUAGCUGAUAUAACUGAAAAUAACAUGGACUUUUGGUGGGUCUGGUCUGAA